AUGACAAGGCUUAUUAAAAUCACUGCCAGUUUUUUCAUAGUGGCAGUGUGUUGCAGCAAUUUACUGCUCCCUCAAUGUUCCGCUCAGUCGACAACGGUGCGUCCUUAUAAAUUUGGUUUUACAAUUGAUGAACAGCAACAUCGGCGAGAAUCAAGAGAUGAGAAAGGCAUUGUUAUGGGAGAAUUUGGUUUCAUAACGGCCGAUGGCAUUUACCAUGUGACUGUCUAUGCCACCGAUGAACAGGGCAGAUUUCGCAUAUUGGCCAUGAAAAGUUACCCAUAUGAAUCACCACCAAAGACAGUUGAUAUAACGGUAAAACCGAAGCCCACACCAACCACAACAACGACAGCCAAACCCAAAGAAGAUUUGCCUCAUCACAAUUUUUACAAUGAAGCAUGUUCGGGUUGUUUCUUGAGUAACGGUAAGAAGGAUGCGGCGAAGCCUCAGGGCUCAGGAGAAACCCCCAAAACAGGAAUUCGUACGUUAUCCAAAGAGUUGCCCAAUUCGACUGGUCAAAGUGACAAUGUGCCAAACUCGUCACCAGGAAAGACCAACACAGCAGGAGGUGGCAAAACCACUACACCAACAACAAAAGUAACACUGACACAAACCAAUAUAAAACCACACAUUGAAACCUUUGGAUUCAAUACACCAACAACAACAAAAGUAGUAACAAAGCCAAGUAAAUCCCCUCAACCACUGGAUACAAAAGGAUUUAAGAACACGAAUACACCAAAAACAACAGCCACUACACAAACCAAACAAACACCACAGUCAGUGGAAACCAAAGGAUCUAAGGACAGCUUUACACCAAAACAAACAGCACCAACAACGACGAACCUAGCAUCUACACAAACCAAAAAAACACCACAGCCUACUCAAACAAAAGGAUUUAAGGACAGCAUAAUACCAAAAACACCCACAGCAACCGCAACUUCUAGUCAAACGAAAACCACUGAACACACAACACCACACUCUAAUACACCAAGCAAUUCCAUACCUCUCUCGGCCAAGCCAACCCAAGUAACAAAAAUCCUGACACCGAAAAUUCCCUCCGUUGUCACAGUCCUUGUACGUAAGGCUGCGACCAUUCCCAGUACUACACAAAUAAUUCCACUACUUAGCGGUGACACAAACAAUCCAAAUACCAAUACCAAACUAGCCAAGACACCACCCAAGGAAAAGGAUAUUAUGGAUUUUAUUGUCAAUAAGGUAUUGCCAGCUGCCAUGGGUACAAAGGGUGUGGUGGUGAAAGCACCCAAUGCGCCAUCUGGUAAGUCUCCUGUGAGACCACAAACACCAAUUGGAAAUUCGCCAAAGACACCCCUAAAAUCUGGCCCAACAUCUGGAAGUGGUGGAGGAAAUUCUGUGGCUGGCUCAUUCAACCCCAAGUCCCCAGGGUCGGCCGUCGCUAGCGGAAAGGGCAGCAGCGCUGGCAGUGCCGUCGGCGUUGAUGGUGAUUUAUAUCGUUUCAAAUAUAUCCUCGACUAUCACGGUCACACGGAGACUGGAAAACGUAAUGGCAACAAGGAGGGUAAUUACUUUGCCAUUGGUGAUGACGACGUUGAACGUACCAUUGAGUAUGUGGCCGAUGAAAAUGGCUACCAGCCACGGAUUACCUGGCGCAAACGAAACCAAAAGGACAAUCUGCCAAAGGAGAAUAACUUGAAGGAAUAUGAAUUUGUUUGGUUCUACGAUAAAUAG